CCUUCUUCAAGAGACAGGUUAUGCUUGUGGCACUUGAGUAAAAAUGCAAACAGUAGGUUUGGUUUAUUGAAGUCUGAUAAAAACUUCAAAAACGCAUUCUACAAGUGUUUAAGUGGGUGUAUAACACCAAAUGAUUUUGAAGAAACUUGGAAAUCUAUGAUCAACACUUUUAAGCUAGAAAAAGAUGAGUGGUUCAACAGAUUGUAUGGUUUAAAGAAAAAUGGUGUACAGCUUUAAGUAAAGAUUUUUUUUCUGCCGGUAUACUUUCUUCACAAAGAAGUGAAAGUACAAACCAUGUUGUUGGUUUUAAAGCAAAUAAAAGUACAACAUUAACAGAGUUCUAUAGUAUUUUUCAAGCUACAAUAAAUCGAUGGAGAAAAACCGAAGAAAAAGACGACUUUGACUGUACAAGGGGAAUACCAACUUCAGAGCUAAGUAUGAGUGCUAUAUUAAAACAGGCAGCAAAUGUAUACACGAUAACACUUUUCCGUGAUUUUGAAGAAGAGUUCAAGCUUUCUGUGGCAAGUAGUACAAUGUUCAAGGGAAGUGUAGGAAGAACAGUGUUUUUUGAAGUGUGGAUAGAAGGAAUAACAGGAUCAAGGCAAGAAGUUCAAUACAAAAUGGAAGAUUCAACCGUCACUUGCACAUGCAAAAACUUUGAAGAAUCUGGAUGGUUGUGCUUCCAUUGUUUAAGAAUAUUGCAUUUACAUUCAAUCAAUACAAUUCCAGAUCGUUACAUAACAACAAGAUGGAAUAGAUAUGCAAAGAAACAGAUAUGGGAAAGGGUUGAUACAAUAAAAAGGGAGAAAGGUGAAAUCAACAAUUUUACUGGUUGGAGAUUACAUAUGAUCAGAAGGUAA